AUGUUGAUUAGAAGGGAUUGGAUUAGGAAGUUUACCAAUGAGUUGCUACCUAACUGUUAUACUAAGUUAGAGGAAAACCUGCAUUGGUCAGCAACAUGUCAAUCUUGCUGGUUUGGAGAUCUUCAGUUUCAAGUAUGGUGUGGGGAAGGGGAGCAAUAUACAGUUGACCUUAGCAAAAGGUCUUGCACCUGUAGGAAAUGGGACCUAACUGGCAUACCAUGCCACCAUGCUAUUGCUGCAAUCCAAGAAAAAUAUGAUAAAGUUGAAAGGUAUAUCAGUCCUUGGUACUCUAAGGCAAGCUAUAUGAAUGCUUACCAACCACUUAUCAACCCUAUCAAUGGGUAUAGCAUGUGGCCCAAGACUGGAUUUACCCCAGUUAUACCCCCAUCUGGGAGGAUAAAGCAAGGAAGGCCUAAGAAGAAAAGAAUCCUUGGGGCAGAAGAGUACAUCAAUCCCAAGUAUCCAAACAAGUUAAGGAAAGUUGGACAAAAUUCGGUUUUCUGUGGGAGAUGUGGUAAACAUGGUCAUAAUAGAAGGACAUGUACUGCACCAAUACCAAAUAGGAGUGUCGAGACAGAUGGGGUUGGCACUAGUUCUGAUGUUAGGGGUGGUACUAUUGAUGUUCAAUUGAUAAGUGGUGAGACUAGAGGGAGGGAUGGUGGGACUAUUGUGUAG